AUGGGCGCAAUCCACUUGUUUUGUUUAGAACGUUGGCUGGAGGAGAGCAACAGAAACAGUUGUGAAUUGUGUGGUUACCAAUUUGACAUAGAACGCACGCCGCGUUACAGCGCAUUGCAUUCAAUAAUAAUAUGGAUUUGCACAAAACAACCAGACCAACAAUUAUUUGUGCGCAAUAUACGCGUCGAUUUGAUACGAUGCAUGAUCGCGACUCCACUGACAUUGGGCUCAACUUACGUAUGUAUCGUAGCCGCGGAUUUUUAUUCAACAAAUAAUUACGACAAUUUCCCGCCUGCACGAUGGACAACUUAUUCACUUGUUGCGAUGAUGCUGCUCGUUGUGUUUUCAUAUUUCGCAUGGAUGUAUAUGGCGUUGCAGUAUCAUCAGAGAGUGUGGUUUUAUUGGUGGCAAAAAACAAGUGUUGUUAAGUUGAGGCAUCAUCACACGUCGAUGGAAGACGUAAAUAAAAGUCUGACGAUGUACCGCUCGAGGAUGAGCCACGGGAUCUUGCCAGUCUGA